AUGCGUCCCACACUUCUCGUCUCGAUAUUUGCCCUAGUGGCUCGGCCAGUGGCUGCCGGUUUGGCCUUUUGCGCUACUGAGAACACGGGAUCCUCCUUUUCGGCUGUUACCUAUACCUACCAGUCCAACGGAGCGUGCGAAGAAACCUGUGCCAAAUAUGCCCUCGGAGUCUUGCAGGGAAAGAAGUGCUGGUGCUCGAACGUGGCGCCUUCAAGCGACUCGCAGAAAGAUAUCUCCGACUGUUCGACCGGAUGCCCUGGCUACCCGUCUGACAGCUGUGGAAGCGCAGCCAAGGGCGUCUGGGCCUAUGUGAAGAUCUCAGGCAACUCGAUUGCUAGCACCGCCGAUGGCAGCGGAUCGUCUACCACCACCACCUCCUCCUCCACUACUACUUCAUCGGCCACCACCUCCAGUUCAUCGACCGAUACGACGACCACCAUGACCUCCCAAAAUGCCACCAGUACCGAUCCCAGCACCUCGGAAAGCGUCGUCAAGGAGACUACCAACGCUGGCGGCCAGGUCAAGACGAUCACCGUUUCAGCGGCUGGUUCAACCUCUGGACUUGACACCUCUGCCGCCAAGUCUGUCGGUCACAGCUCCAGCCUCAGCGGAGGCUCCAUUGCUGGAAUCGUCAUCGGUGUGAUUGGAGGUAUCGCUCUUGUCGGCGCCCUGAUCUUCAUGGUCUUCUUCUACCGGAAGCGUGCUCGUUCGGCCAGCCCCGUCCCCAGCCAAGACAUGGCCGACAAUCGAACCAGCCAGGGCUCCAGCUUUGUGCGGGGUGUCUUCCCCCAGGGCCAUGCCCAAGACUUGCCUGGGUCGUCCUCCCUGGGUCGCAAGCACACCUUCACCGAUAACCGGAUGAAGACCGACAUCUACCCCAACGGUCCCCGAGACAGCAGUGUAUCGCUUCAGGACAACGAGGACUACUCGCGGCCUGUCCUUCGAGUUACCAACGCUGAUUAA